CUUCGACUUGGUCGUUCUAGCAGUUUUUAACGCGGCAACCAUGAGCCGACAAACAACUUCUGCCCAUGGCUACUCGUACACAGGCCUGGCAGCUUUAUCCGGCCUGGCAGGCGCCGUAGCCUCCGUCAUGACAAAGCUCGCCGCCACGCCCGAAGUGUCUGCUGGCUCCGACGCGUCCCAUCGUGUGUGUGUGCUGGUGAUGGAUGCUGUGCUGGCAUUGGGGAGGAGAGAAGAAGGCGGGGUGGAGACGUGUGUUGCAUUGGCUAAGAAGCUCACAUUCACGCACAACCCUCUCACGUCCCUCACCGACCUCUUCGCCCCCAACUCCUUCCCUCACAUCCUCCUAACCUUCCUCCUCCCCCGGACCAUCUCCAUCCUCCUCCUCAUCGUCUCCAACAUCGCCAUGUGGACUGUCUUCACCCGCGCUCUCGCCCGCGCACCGUCGUCCGCGCACGUAACCGUGAUCAACAACGCUAUGCAGGCGGUCUGCGCUGGGAUGUUUGGGUGGCUGAUAUUUGGCGAGCGGGUGAGGGCGGGGUGGUGGAUAGGGAUAGGGUGUAUAGUUGCGGGAUCGGUGCUGGUGCAGAGGGGCGGUGGGGGAAGGGCUGAUGGUGCUGUCCCUGGGAAGGGGUCGCGAGAUCGCAAGAAAGAUAGAUAGGGGUUAUCGGGAAGCAUGUGUGAAAGCCUGGUCGACGCAUCAGGAUCUGACACUACAUAUAGAUGGAUGCACCCGUGGGUCCACCGAGAGCGAUCAUCGUCCACAUGCUUGCCCCGGCGCUCUCUUCAUCUAUCUUGACCCCUUGCCACGGCACAUAGGUUCAGGAAGCUCUUCCAAUUGGGAAUGGAACAGAUUGUCAUGAAAUGCCCUAUGUCGCAGUCGGCUUUGAAGAUUGUUGUUCAACGA